UAUCAGGGGUCAAAUUGAAAUUUGGCCAAAAGCAUCACUAGCUUCUCCCCACAUUCCCAAUUCUCAUCCAAGUUAGCCAGAUAACUCAGCUAAGGAUAACCAAUUGCUCUGAAGUCUGAACUUACCAUCGACAGGAAAACAAUGAUAACAAGAAGAUGGAAGACACAAGAUGGGAUCAAAGAAUCCAAGCAUUAACACACAUCAUAAUCAAUCCCACAAUUAAACCAUCUUUGGAUUCCCAAAUCUUCAUCUCUAGCCAAGUUCCAUGUUACCUUAACUGGGACUAUCCACCAAUUCUGUGCACCAAAUAUUCCACUAACACUUUCCCUUCUGUGCAUCUGAAAUGGGCUUUCUCACUUUUCCUGAAAAGGGUUUCAAGACUUGGGGCACCUGAAACUUCUUGGAGGUCCAAAUGCCCAUACCAACAACCCCCUCCACUGAUACUGGCCAAGGGUUUAGAGGAAGCUCAGUGGGGAGAUGAACAGAGGAGACUGUAUGUAAGGAAAAGGUUUAAAAGGAGACAUUUGGGAAGUGAUGUUCACCCUUUGAUUCCAUUUAUUGUGCCUAAUCUCUUAUUGUUCUCUCUUCUGCUUUGGAACCCAUUUCCAAUUGAUGGGUCAGAUUCUUGAAUUUUGGAGCUUGUUUGUGAUAGGGUUGGUUGUUCCCAGUUUUAUUUACUUUAGUCCUAAUUGCUUUCUUUUUCCUGAUAAAGAUUUGGUAAACAAAUUA